UACAUACUGUAAAUAAAUCCAAGUACUCCAUGUAACAUGAUGUAUUUUGACGAUUAUUGUAAAUUUCUUCUAUAUAAUUAUAUUUUUACUUGAGUAUUUUCAGUUUAAAUAUGUAUUUUUAUUAUUAUUGCUUGACAAAAGCUUUAUUAGUAAUUACAUGUUUGAUUAACAAUCCACUAAACUUUGUUAAACACUUCAAACGUCAAAAUAAAGUAAGUUGUUUACUAGUAGAUUAUUCAGUCUAGUUGUGAAGGCCGGACAAGUUAUCAAAAAUGAGUCUGAAAUUAUGCGUGAUAUUUUUAAUUCUAAUAUUCAUAAUCAGGUUAAAUUCAAAAUUGAUGACAGUACAAAAAUACAACAAUCAAACGGAUGAUUUAUAUAUAGCUUACAGUCGCAGCGGAAGAAAAUAUAAAACCGUAAGCAGAUAUAUUUCGAAAAAGAACAGGAAACAUCAAAACGUAAGCAACGAGACAAAAAUGAGGGUGCAAAGAUACUCAUCGGAUCCAGAAGAUGCAUACGUCAUUAUCGUUUGGGACAACGACAUCAUGCACUCUUACCUCGACAAACAUUUUGCAUUUAACAACCAGAAAAUCCGUGGGCUUUACUCCAUAAUUUUUCUGAUCAGGUAUACGCCAUGUAAGUACGUAAAACAAUACAUUUCCGACGUACUAAUAAGACUGUGGGAGGAAUUUCAUAUGUUGAACGUAAUCGCUCAGGCGCCGCUAUCUUGUAUUCCCAGAGAUAUUUUCAUUUAUAAGCCUUUUAAAUUGGUUGCCGGUAUAAAUGGAGUUGUGAACAGGUAUGAUAUAAGUGAAAUUAUACAACACCCCUACUUAAUCAAUAAUAAUCUGAUUAACUUGAAUGGAGUGCCACUUAAAAUAUCAAUUUUCGAGAGAUCCCUAACAGCUAUUCCUUUCAUUCCCGACAUGUAUGACAACAAUAUUUAUUACGCGUUGAAAAAACGUGUUGGAUUUGGUGGUAUUGAUGGUUUUGUAUUAUCCUCCUUAUCGGAAAUCAUGAAUUUUACUGCCCAAAUUGUUGAAGGUGAUAGAGAUUACGGUACGGUUUUGGAAGAUGGUAACGUUACUGGCAGUUUAGGUCAGAUAGUUAGAGGUGAUGUUCAGUUUGCUGCUAACGGUAGAUUUAUUCAAGACUACGGUACAGAAAGCAUAGAAUUCACUAUUCCUAUCACUACAGACAAAUUAUGUGUCAUUGUUCCUAAAUCUAAGAGAAUCCCUCAAUGGGUAAUUUUUUUCAGGUGUUUCAGCCUUCCAGUUUGGAUAACUCUGUUGGGUGCACUUGUGGCUGCCACUGUAGUAUGGUACGUAUCUAAGUUUUUGGAUGCACACUACAAGUACGAUGUGUCGAAAGCGUGGCUGGAAGUGUAUUCGAUGUUUUUUUCAUUCCCUGUAAAGAUUCACAGAAGGAACAGUCAAAUUUUAUUACUGGCAACAUGUUUUUGGUUCAACAUAAUAAUGAUGGGGAUAUUCCAAGGAAGCCUCUUUGAAUCCUUCAGCGAAAUCAAGACCUACCCCGACAUUGACACUUUAAUAGAUUUGGACAAGUCUGAGUUGAAAAUACACACAUCUCUGAGCAUUUUUAAUGGAAACGAAUCCCAACUUAUACAACGACUUAGGAACAAGGUCGUAAUAAAUAAAUCCUUACACAACAUUCUAGAUCUGGUAGCUUCUGGUGCAAAAAUUGGCGGUACAGAAAGACAAAGCGAUGCCAAAGUACUUCUGAAGACCAAAUAUGUGGGAGAUAAUGGCGAGCCACUUUUACAUAUAGUCAAGGAAUGUCCAAUAUCAUAUUCUGUGGCGUAUAUCGUUCCGAAAGGUUCGGCGUACCUACCACGAUUUAAUUCAAUUUUAUUGCAACUUUUGGAUGGAGGAUUCAUAUCUAAAUGGUACAGUGACGUGGUAGAUACCAUCUUAUUGGAAAAUCAGUUUAAGAAGACAUUAAUUGAACCGAUUCAGAGGGCGUUUAAUUUCUAUGAUCUUCAGUCGGCGUUUCUAAUUUUGACUUUGGGUUGUUUGAUUUCUGUAGCUGUGUUUUUAGGGGAGUUGUAUGCGUUUUAUAGGAAACAGAAUAAAUACUCUUUGGGAGUUGAGUAUUAGGAUUUUUGACACUUAUGA